AUGGUCUCCUACACAGUUAUUGCAGCCGACUGCAAAAGGGUCACAGUGCUGAAGUAUUUUCUGGAAGCCCUUUGUGGACAAGAAGAGCCUCUGCUGGCAUUCAAGGGUGGAAAAUAUGUGUCAGUGGCACCCGUCCCAGACACCAUGGGAAAGGAAAUGGGAAGCCAAGAGGGAAAACAACUGGAAGAUGAGGAAGAGGACGUGGUGAUUGAAGACUUUGAGGAAGAUUCGGAGGCUGAAGGCAGCGGGGGCGAGGAUGACAUCAGGGAGCUCCGGGCCAAGAAGCUGGCUCUGGCCAGGAAGAUAGCGGAGCAGCAACGUCGCCAGGAGAAGAUCCAGGCUGUCCUGGAGGACCAGAGUCAUAUGAGGCAGAUGGAGCUCGAGAUCAGACCCUUGUUCCUCGUACCAGACACCAACGGCUUCAUUGACCACCUGGCCAGUCUGGCACAGCUGCUGGAGAGCAGGAAGUACAUCCUGGUGGUGCCCCUCAUCGUGAUCAAUGAGCUGGACGGCCUGGCCAAGGGGCAGGAGACAGACCACCGGGCUGGGGGCUAUGCCCGCGUGGUGCAGGAAAAGGCCCGGAAGUCCAUUGAGUUCCUCGAGCAGCGAUUCGAGAGUCGGGACUCUUGCCUACGGGCCCUGACCAGCCGUGGUAAUGAACUCGAAUCCAUCGCCUUCCGCAGUGAGGACAUCACUGGCCAGCUGGGCAACAAUGAUGACCUGAUCCUCUCCUGCUGCCUCCACUACUGCAAAGACAAAGCUAAGGACUUCAUGCCCACCAACAAAGAGGAGCCGAUCCGGCUACUGCGGGAGGUGGUGCUGUUGACGGAUGACCGGAACCUGCGUGUGAAGGCGCUGACCAGGAAUGUGCCUGUGCGGGACAUCCCGGCCUUCCUCACGUGGGCCCAGGUGGGCUGAGGGGGCCGCAGCGGGGCCCACCCCCACGGAACCAUUCCCGAGAGGCCACCAGGCGCCCAGAGUAGCACAGGAGAUGCCCGCGUGCCUGAGCCACCAGUCCCCCCAGACAGUAAACCACCCUCACCCCCCCCACGCCGUGGCCGCGCUGUGGGGGCAGCUGCUCCGCACAGAGCCCCCCCCCAAGGGCCGGGCGGAAGCCGCUGGGACCCUCCGGGGCUGCCGGGAUUUAGCAGGGAGGUGGCUGGCUGCAGUGACAGCAGGUGGGCGAGGUGCUCAGCCUUUCUCCCUCCCCGUAUCCGGCGGCGCAAGGGCUGGGGGAAGGCCUCGUAGCCCGGGGACUCAGCCACUUUCUCAGCUGGAGAUGGGGCAGGGGGUUAGAGUCUCCAUCAGGUGCAGGUGAGAUCACGGGUCCCUUUAAUCUUCAGAGCCCCUGUCCUGAAAGCGUCCCAGAGGCUUUGGUCACGCCAUGAAGAGAGUGCUGGGGCGGGCGUCUCUCUCCCCCUGAGGCCUGGAUUCCCCCAUGGACCGCACUUGGGUUCUGAACAGCAGCCCUAGGCGCCCCCACCGCCUCCCCCCCCCACACACACACACGCACACAUCCCGCUGGGUCCACUGUACUGGGCCACUUGUUUUCCCCUCGGUUGGGCGUGGGUCUGCAGGGAAGGGACAUCUGCUCUCAGGCCCACGCUUCCUGGGUGGCCUUUGCCUGCUCCGUCUCCCUCCAUUGGCCUUCCUUUUGCUCUAGUUCCCACUUCACAAAACCUCCUCAGACUCUUCUCGACUCCCCCUCCCUCUCCCCCUCCGGAAUCAUCCCCCCCGCCCUCCUCCUCUUUCUAGUUGCUCCCUCUCACCUUCCUGGCCCCUCAGAUCCUUGCCAUGGAGGUUCUCACUCUGAAUCCUUCUCCUGCGGUACCCAUGGCAGGAACCUAAGAAAGCUUUCCUGCCGCUGACCACCUUUCCCAGGCCCCUGUGCGCUGGGAUACUUCCAGGCUCCUCCAGCCCAGCCUGAGGGAGGGUAGGAUGGACCAGUGCCUGGGAGCAGCAUUGCCUAGCCUGGAGUUUGCACCCGGUUUCUAGCUUUGCCCUAGAAGAACUUGACCCAGGGGCCCUUUGGCCUUGGAGUUUUUUGCUGCCUCUUUAGCUGGCACCUGUGUACAAAGCUUCACUGAGGAGGCUUCCUACUGGGAAAGCGUUCUCCCAACCCAGGGACAGGGAUGGAGGGGGACUUAGGGGAAGACAGGGUUUGGAGGCGGAGCCAGGAGUAAGUGUUGGUGGGACCAGUGGGGGAAUCCCCCAGAGCCCCCCAUCUGACUAUACAGCCUGCCCAGAGGAUGGGAGUAAGGCAGUGCCCUCCCGGAGGCCCGAGAUUAUGCCAGAAGGAGGGGGAACUGUACAGGAGAGCCACGGCCGACGAGCUGGGGCUGUGAGUCCCCCGGGGCCUCAGAAGACUGGGCUUUUUGGGGUAUAGGGUCCCUGGCCUCUCCUCUGAGAUCC